AGUAAGCUCAUUACGACAAAUCUCGGACAUUUCAUAUUUUGUUGACAGAAGAAGUUACUUUUGUGGCUGUGGCUGGACAAAACUUUGAAUUUCUCUCCUCCUAAAUCAUUUGAAAUUAAAAGAAAAAAAUCGUUUGAAACGAAUCAUGUCCUACGCCCUAUGAAAUUGUGCAAAUUCUCCAACCAAGUCAAGCUAACGAUAACAAACUUUGAAACUUUAAGAUGAACACCGUCGAAAAAGCUGCUUUGCUUAGAAAUCGAGAUGCCAUUGUUCAAAGUGUGGAUUUCACUUAUGUUAGAGAAAAACUUGUGGCUUAUGGUGUAUUAACUGUCCAUCAAGCUGAGGAUGUCAACUGUGAGAAAACAAAGACUGCCAAAGUGCGUAGAUUGUUGGAUCUCCUUACUGAAAUAGGGCAGAAAGACACCUUUAAGACUUUUGUCAAAAUUUUAGAAUUUGACUAUGAUUGGAUAGCUGACAAGUUAAAUGAAUGUAACAAUCGAGAUAGUCCAGAUGCAGCAAGCCAUCUUAAUAGUGAUCCGCUUCUAGCUGCAGACAACUUGCAACAUUUACUAAUUCAAUGUGGAAUCCCUUUUCCACCACCACAUCUCAUUUCUCGUCAUGUCAAAGUUGCUCAAAUCAGAGAAUGUCUACAAGGAAUGGAUCAAGGUCAGUUUGUGGUAAUUCAUGGUAUGGCUGGAGCUGGCAAAUCUGUCUUGGCUGCUGAAUCUAUUCGAGAUAUUGAUCUCCUGGUUAAUACUUUUGAGAACAAUGUCUACUGGUUGACUGUUGGACAAACAGGCACUGAUACUUUAUUGACAAAGAUGCAGGCAUUGUGCGAGAGACUAGAUCAUACAGUCUUACCACCGUUGAGCGUUGACCAAGCUACCGAAAGGCUUCGUCGCCUUAUGACUGACCCUAGUCGGAAAAAAAGUCUGAUAAUUUUAGAUGAUGUUUGGAGAGGCGAAGUAGUCCGAGCGUUUGAUUUUGGAUGCCGGAUAUUGAUGACCACUCGGGACGCUUCCGUAACUGAAGUUGUUAACGGGCGUGUUCUGCUGGUGAAAGUUCAAGACGGUUUCACUCAAGAGGAGUCGUUAUCUUAUUUGGCCAAUUGUCUUAAUAUUUCGGAACAAGAUUUGCCAGAACAGGCAGAUCAAAUUUAUUCAGAAAGCAAAGGUUCUCCAAUGGUGCUUUCAUUGCUAGCUCCACUUUUAGUAGAACGCGGAGAUCGCCAGCGCAUCGACGUUCACAGAUGGGAUCAUUAUUUGGGAAAACUGCGUGAUAGGAAAUACACAGAAAUUCGGCGCCAUGGUUCUUACAAUUACGAAACCAUAAACGAGGCAAUCUCCAUCAGCUUUGAUCACUUGGAUGAAGACACAAGACACUCGUUGAAGGAUUUUGUUAUUUUCCUAGAUGACGUUAAUAUUCCAGCUCCAGUGCUGCAAGUUCUUUGGAAAUGUAGUCGAUAUGAAAUGGAGGAAAGAAUCAGUCUUUUAGUGGCUAAUUCUCUGGUAGCGCAACACUUCCAAGAACACUCAUCGAAUUGUAUAGUUUUAUACGGCAUUCAUGAUCUUCUUUUGGACUACCUGAAAUCGCACAUGAGUGCUGAGGAACAGCGUAAUGCACAUCGCAAGCUUGUUGAUUCAUAUUUCGCCGAGUGCAAGGACAACUUCGGUGAAUUACCAGAUGAUAACUAUAUCUUCUGGUUUUUGGGAUACCAUUUAUACAAGGCCGAGUAUACCGAGUUUUUCCCUCGCGUCUACCUCAAUCUUUCAUUCGUAUCUGCCAAAUUGCGUGCAACCGGACCCAGUGAUUUGCUAAACGACUUCCGCAAAUACAAAGACUACAUAUCAGAGAUUAGUGGAAGAAAUAGUCAACGAGUAGAAGACUACAUGCAUUUUAUUCGGACGUGUGGGCAUAUAGUAGUGCAUUGCCGUCAUUUAGAUAUCGUUCAACUUGCCCUUCAACAACCAAAAAACAGCAGCGUCUAUAACGAUGCUCUAGAAUUGGCCAAAAAGGCUAAAGAAAAAUUCUACUUAGAAUGUCGAUCGGUAGGGAGUCAAACAAAAGAAAGCAUGGAUCAAGUUCUUCGCAGCACAAUCUUAAAUUAUGGGCAUGUCACUGCAGCUUGCUUCACACAGGAUGGUCAACGUUUGCUUAGCGCUGUCGAUGAUGGACAAAUUCGCAUGUGGGACGUUGAUUCUGGAAAGGAACUCCACCGUUUCAUUGGACACAGCGGCAGCAUUCAUCAGCUGUCUCUGAGCAAAGAUGCUAAACGUUUCGUCUCGUCGUCGGCUGACGGAUCGGUGAAGGUCUGGGAUCUCUCGGCUGUCAUCGGCAAACUGGACGAGAUCGAACAUCGUCCGAACAAAACCCCUUCACCGCGAAUGCGCCAAGACAGCUGGCAUAAUAUGUUCGAUGUCAGUGACCGUGUUAUAACAGAUAACAGUUUGACGACUUACACUGGGCACACUAAUGAGGUUUUGGGUGCGAGGUUCUCCGAGAAUGGCGCGCAAGUAGUUUCUUGCGGUUUAGAUAACACGGCUCGUAUUUGGCUUAGUACUGCCUGUAUGGAACUUGGGGUAUUAGAACAUCCCGAGCCGGUCACCACCUGUUGCUUUUCGGAAUGUGGGGUUUAUGUUGCUACGGGAUGCACCGAUUCGAGUAUUCGCAUUUGGAAUGGGGAAAUAUCCCUCUAUACCUGCGUAGCCUUUUUUCCGAGGCAGGAUUCUAGCCCCAGAAUUCUCUUCAUUUCAUUUUUAUCAAAAACCUCACUUCUUUCAGUUUCGGAUAAUGAAAUUUUGCAGUUCGAAUGGACCCUUUCUUCUGACAAAGAAGGAGAAAGCGACACUCCAUUUCCAAAAUCGAUUGCCAAGGCCAAUAGCAGCUGUUGUUACAACUGCGCCACUGUGACUGAUAACAAACAACUCUUAGCGGUAACUACUUCAAAGGAUAACAUCCUCCUUUACAACAUCGAUUCGGUUGAACAGAUCUUCGAAUAUGUCGGUCACUCUGGAACCAUCAACACUUUACAUUUCUCUCCCAGUGAAAGAAGCGAUGAUCCCCCGAAAUGGCUGCUCUCUGGCUCGAUUGACAAAACUUUAAAAGUAUGGAAUGUUACCGAUGUAGAACGAGUAGACCAGUGCUCCUUGUCGUGUUCUGCGUUCCAUGCUGUUUGUCCUCCGGAUCAGUCUAGCAAUUUUCUGAUUGCAACGGUUGGAUCAGAUAAUCACAUCCAGGUUGUCAGCGGAUCGAAUUGUGAGACAUUACUAACUACGAAUGACGUCGAAUCGGGAUCUGAUCAGGUUGAAAUAUGUGUACUAUCGCACCAAGCUUCUAUGAUGGCGUGGUCAACUCUGAGUGGCCUAGUAAAACUAAUGUCACUGGACCGAAGCGAAGUUAAAACUCUCGGCCAUCACUCAGACGCAAAAGUGACAUUGCUAAAGUUCAGCCCCUCAGAUGUUUUGCUGUUGACAGUCAGCUCUGAAGGGUGCAUCAAGAUCUGGAAGCCGAGAAGCGAAACUGUCACUAUUAGUGGUCCUCGGAAAGGUGUCAUUGAUUGUUUUUUCGUAGAACCGGAAGAGACCACGAUCAUAGUAUGUGGAGCCGAUGGAAGUAUUAGACUAUGGGAUAUUAAGACUGGUUAUCCAAAACAUUUAAUCAUGGAGGAUUAUCGAUUGAGUUUGACCUGCGUCGACCGUGCUUCCAAUCGACAGUGGUUGGCACAAGGAACUACCACUCAAGGAGUCCAGAUUGUUCAGAUUCCGUCUGUUUCAGAACUCAGUUUUAGCAGUUCUCCUAGACAGAGUACGACGUUCCGAAAGCCGUUUUGGUUAGGACAUCAACUUAGCCCAGUACGAGUGUGCCGAUUCGCCAGUCAUGUUGAAUUAAUAGCCGUUGGCUACGACACCGGCAUCAUAGAGGUUUUCGAUUACUUGCGAAACACAUUGAAAGCAACACUGGAGGCUCAUCAGUCUUGGGUUCGUGAUCUGCAGUUUUGCCAGAAUUCGCCCUUCUUCCAGUUAGUUUCCUUGGGUGACCGAAUUGCGUGGUGGAAUAUAAGUUCAGCUCACCCCGGGACGAUCGCCCAGAAUUUGCAUUCCAACGGGAGCAGCCAUUUGGCCGGCGGUAUGGGCUUUCCAUUAACACCCAUAACACCAGGCUCCUCCUCUUCUUCCACCUCUUCUUCGUCACGUUUCGCCGACGUAAGUAUCACGCCAUCGUCACAGUUUUACGGGUUGGUCCAGACGGUCGAAUUUCAGACCAGAGGACGUUAUGCUUCCAAACUUUUUGUUUCGGACGACGGUCGUGCCCUCGUCACCGUCUCCGACUCUGGGAUCUUGUACAUUCUUCACCAAUUGCCUCAUCACUGAUAUUAUUAGAGUAAUUUAGCGCGCUCAAAUCUUCAAAGAAGUCAUCCCGAAUUUCAUUAAAAAUCGUUUAUUGUUACAACUUACAACACUUAUCCGAUGAAUUCCGAUUUUUCCGAUGUCGCGUUUGCAAAAUAAUAAUUGAAUGGCACUAGGCAGCGACGUUGUUCGCACAACGUGAAUGAAACAAUGACAGAGUAAUGUGCUGAUGAUGCAAUAAUGGAACUAACGAUAAGAGGGGAGAGUGAAGACGAGAUGAUACUGUUUGCGGACUCGUGUCGUGCCCCCAAGGUUCUCCUCCGAGAUUUCUCCUUACCGCAGUCAUGCCAACUGCCAGUAGAUGACUCGUAAGACACUUGUGUCGCAAUUUAAUCAAACCUAAUUUUUUUGUAAUAGAAGAAAAAAUUAAAGGGUUGUGUGAAUCUCUUAAUAUUAACAAUUAAAAAAAAAGAAAGAUAAUAAUAAUGUUGUGUUCAAGCGCACGUCAAACGGCUGUCUCGUUACAAAUGACUUUAAAACCAUUUUUGAAUUUACAAGUAUUUUGCUUUUGCGGAAGUUUGGAAGGAAAUCUUUCAUUCGGUAUGACCGUUGUGGUAAUUUUUGUUUCCGAACAUGGUCUUAUCGCGUUAGAUCUGUGUGUGUGUGUGAUAAUUUUCGUACAUUGUUCUACUUUCUCUCAUUCCAAAAUUUUCUUAUAAUACAUUCGUUCUUUUCAUAAUU